AUGCCCCGCAGAAGUUCGAAUUACCAACACAGGGCCAGGCAACCUCCCCAGAGCCAAAGUAGCAGUAGUAGGACCCGGAAAACCCAUUUCCUCAGUCUGCCGCUGGUGAACCAGACUUCUAUUGCACAACUAGCCUCUUCCCUGGCGGAGUUCAAAGAUGCCAUCCCGCUUCGGCCCCUUCCAGUAUCUGCACGGCUCCCUGACAGGCCCCUUGUGCCAGAUGCAGCUCUUAAGCCGCUGGGGACUCUGCAUCUGACGCUUGGCGUCAUGAGUCUGUCAACGAAGGAACGCCUGGAAGAGGCGCUGCAAUUCCUGAAAUCCCUAGAUCUUGAAGCGAUGUUACGAGAUGUGGAGAGCCAAACGAAGAGCCAGGCGAAGACCGCGGGCACGAGAGCAAAGGCAGAAACUGUAAUGGGCGCUGCUGCUGAUGCGCCUGUGGAACCUUUCAUUAUCAAUUUAACCUCCCUACAUGCACUACCCAACGCACGAGCGGCUACCGUCCUCUAUGCAAACCCCGUAGAUUGUACGGCACGCUUAUACCCGUUCUGCGUCAGCUUGCGGAAUAAAUUCAUCAAUGCCGGGUUUAUGGAGCAGGAGAUAAUUAAGGGUGGCGCCUCUCCCCCCAAAAAUGAGGCUGGCAGCCCCGGUACCAAGGACAUUUGUGAAUCGGAUGGCGAAGGUAAGCAAGGCGACGAUAGAAAUGAGGAUAAACAGGUUGCUGCUCAAACAUCAAGCCAAAGGAAAAGGAGACCCCGUCCCUUUCUCCUCCACGCCACAGUCGUAAAUACAGUCCACGUUCCCCACAGCCAGCGGGGAGAGGGAAAACGAAGGGAAAUGUUCAAGUUUGAUGCACGGGAUCUUCUAAUGGAAUUUGGCAACUAUGCACCUGCUGCAGAAGAUGCAGAUCCAGAAGGAAGAGACCAGAUGCACAUACUAUCCCAGAGUCGGGAUAAGUCCGUAGCAGGACAGGAGGGUAAGGAUCCAGGGAGACAGAAAGCGAAUCUGGCCAAAAGUAGGGAGAAACCGGUUUUCGUCUGGGCUAAAAAUAUCCUGAUUGAUCGUGUCUGUAUAUGCGAACUGGGUGCGAAGCCGGUGGCGGAAGACAGGGCGAAUGAUGGGGCAGUGUUGGGAGCGGCAUAUAUUUGUGUUGGGGAGAGAAGCUUGAAUUUUGCAUCGCGAGAGGGAGAAGGAGAUACCAAUGGGGGUAGAGAUGGGAGUGAGGAUGAGGAUGGAGAUGGCGAUAGUAGGGAUAGUAGGGAAUCUGAUGACGGGGGUGUUAGUGUGGUCUAG